AUGGGAUGCAUUCGGAGCAAACCGAUUUAUAGUCAAGAUGAAAUCGAGGAUGAGUACGUCUUCGAAAGCCUCGACGAAUCUCAGUCUAUUGGAUGCCAACUGAGCAUCGUCGAAAGUAAAUCCAUUGAGAACUUUUCUGACGUCAGGAGCCUUCCAGAGAAAAUGAAUAUUGGAAAUGAUUACUAUGUUGCGAUCACCGAACGGAUCGUUUCCACCUCAAACGACAACGAGGAGAAAUCUUCUGAUGAUAUCAUGACAGAGAGAGUACAACUCAUCAAGGAUAUUGCAAACCUUCAGAUGGCUGAUUUAAAAAUGGCAAGGGAAAGGUUUCACAGAACCAUUAUCCAAAGAGAUGCCAGGAAAGUAGUUGCGUUACUGAAGAGGCCAUCAUUCACUGAAGACACACAGAUUGAUGGAGAGAACGAAUCGUCUGCAAAGAAAGUUGCAAUCUGGCAAUUAGAGGAGGAGGAGCAGAAGAAAGAGGAGGAGGAGGAGACUGAGAAGGAGGGGAAGAAGGGGAAAAAGGAAGAGGAGAAUGAGCAAGAGGAGGAGGAGGAGGAGGGGAAGUGCCAUUACGAAGACACAGCUGUACCUGAAUUCAGAUAUUUUCAGGAUAUCAUCGCCUCUCAGAUGGAAGAACUGAGAGAUGCCCGGGAGAGACUUCAUCGAUGCGUUAUCAUGAGAAACGCUAUAAGAGUGGUGGAGGAACUGAAGAGACAGUCUGCGAGUGAUACGGAAGAGGAGGAGGAGAAAGAAGAUGAAGAGGAGAUGGGGGAUAAGAACGAAGGAAAGGAAGAGGAGUCUAAAAAGGAAGAUAAGGAUGAGGAGGAUGACGAGGACGAGAAAGGCGAGAGGGAGGAUGACAAUAAUGAUGACGACAAGGACGAGAAGGAUGCAAACAAUGGCGACAAUGAUGACGGGGAGCCUCAAGAUGAGGAAAAGGAGGAUGACGAGGGAAAGGAAGAGGAGUCUGACAAGGAACAUAAGGAUGAGGAGGAUGACGAGGACGAGGAAAGCAAGGGGGAGAACGACAAUGAAGAUGACGAAGGAAAGGAAGAGGAGUCUGACAAGGAACAUAAGGAUGAGGAGGAUGACGAGGACGAGGAAAGCAAGGGGGAGAACGACAAUGAAGAUGACGAAGGAAAGGAAGAGGAGUCUGACAAGGAAAAUGAUGACGAGGAGGAUGACGGUGACGAGGACGAGGAAAGCAAGGGGGAGAACGACAAUGAAGAUGACGAAGGAAAGGAAGAGGCGUCUGACAAGGAAAAUGAUGACGAUGAGGAUGACGGUGACGAGGACGAGGAAAACGAGAAGGAGGAUGAUAAUGAAGAUGACGAAGGAAAGGGAGAUGGGUCUGACAAGGAGAAUGAAGAUCAGGAGGAUGACGAGGAAAGCAAGGAGGAGGAUGACAAUGAAGAUGAAGAACGAAAGGAAGAGGAGUCUGACAAGGAGAAUGAUGACGAGGAGGAUGACGGUGACGAGGACGAGGACGAGGAAAAUGAGAAGGAGGAUGACACUGAAGAUGACGAAGGAAAGGAAGAGGAGUCUGACACGAAUAAUGAGGAUCAGGAGGAUGACGAGGACGAGGAAAGCAAGGAGGAGGAUGACAAUGAAGAUGACGAAAGAAAGGAAGAGGAGUCUGACAAGGAGAAUGAUGACGAGGAGGAUGACGGUGACGAGAAAUGCAAGGAGGAUGAUAAUAAAGAUGACGAAGGAAAGGAAGAGGAGUCUGACAAGAAGAAUGACGAGGACUAG